AUGGCUUCCACAGACCAAGAGAAAGACUCGCAACGAGACUCUUUAAGUCUCGAGGCCGACGAGAACUCGGUCGAGAUUACCAUCAAAUUCCCUCCUGAAAAGCACACCCAAAAAUGGGUUUUCUCCCCAGCCGACACCUUCGAGCACCUCCUUCUCACCCUCUCCCUCGAGUUCCCCUCCUACGACUGGUCCAAAGCCAAAGCCCUCCUUGAGAAGCGCCAAACCGGGCUCAAGUCCAUCUACACCCCCUCGGACGACUCGGCCCUCCCCCUCUCCACCCUCAACAACACCACCCUCCGCCUCCUCGCCCCGCAGACCUCCGCCCUCAGCACCCUCCAAGACCAGCGCGCCGCCGCCGAGACCUGGCAAGCCAAGCGGGCCCUCGCUCGCGCGCGGUACGGCCGCCUACCCGCCGCACAAAAACGCACCGCCGACGACACCAACCACACCUUCCACGCACUGCGCGCCCUGCCACACCUCCCCAACUCCGCACGCAGCCUCGCCUUCCUGGAACGGCUCAAAUCCGACCCCGGCAUCCGCACCGCAAUGCGCAAGCACCAAUUCUCCGUCGGCCUGCUCACCGAGAUGGACCCGGCGAGCGCCACCUCCGCCUCGCACGAGGGCGUGACCCGCAUCCUGGGCCUCAACCGCAACCGCGGCGAGGUGGUGGAGCUGCGCCUGCGCACCGACGCCUACGACGGCUGGCGCGACUACCGCGUCAUCCGCAAGACCCUGUGCCACGAGCUCGCCCACAACGUGCACUCGGACCACGAUGCGGAUUUCUGGGCGCUGUGUCGCCAGAUUGAGAGGGAGGUGGAUCGUGCCGAUUGGACGCAUGGCGGGCAGACGGUCGGUGGGGAGGAGUAUGCGCCUGAGAGGGGGGAGGAGGAUGAAUUGGGGGAGGGGAUGGUUAUGGACCAUGGUGGGUGGGAGGGGGGCACGUAUGUGCUUGGUGGUGGGGGUGGUGGUGCGGAGGGGCUGAGCGCGAGGGAGGUCAGGGCGCGCGCGGCGGAGGCGAGGUGGUCGAGUUUGGAGAGGGCGACGAGGCGGGAUGGGGAGGGGGGUGGUGAGGGGGGUGGGAGGGAGGAGGAAGGGUGA